UACUGUGUAAUCGUACUGAUAUACUAUCUAUUCGAUUUUCGUGACGCGUCACGGAUAGGUUGAGAAAAAAAAAAAAAAAAACCCGAUCAAACUACAAACGUGUUACCGCUGCGAUUGUUGGCAAAAUGUCAAGCGAUUCGAGGAGCGAAAAUAAAAUCGAAAGGACUUGUGGUUCAAAGGAUAACAAUAUGCUGAGAUUCUUCACAACUGUAUCAUCCUCUGUGAACAAACCAUUGGCUUAUGGAGGAGUGAAAAAUAUUUUCAAAAAGCAACAAGUAGCCGGCAUAACGUCCAUACAGCUGAACAAGCUUCCACUUCCCAAACAACCAGUUCCUAAUUUGGAAAAGACAGCACAGUUGUAUUUGAAAUCACUGCAGCCUCUUUUAAACGAUGCAGAGUAUAAAAACACGGAAAAAGUGGUUGAUGAAUUUAUCAAAGAAGGAGGAGUUGGGAAACAAUUGUAUCGAAAACUGCAAGAAAGAUACGAAAAUACUGAAAACUGGAUGAGUGAAUGGUGGCUUCAAGCAGCCUACUUGGGCUACAGGUAUCCUGUGAUAGUGCACUCUAGUCCGGGCACUGUAGGCCCGGCUCAAAAAUUCAAGUCACCUGACGAUGCUCACAGGUAUGCAGCUCAUGUCAUCGGUGCAGUGCGUAAUUACAACAGCAUGAUAAAAAGCGGUGAUAUUAAACAAGAAAUGAUGAGAGACAUCCCACUAGACAUGCAGCCUUAUGCUAUGAUCUUGGGAACCCACAGACAGCCUAGCGAAGGAGUUGACAAUCUUCUUCACUUUGAUAAUCCUGAUCACGUCAUUAUUAUAAGAAAUAAUCAUUUUUUCAAACUUCCACUAACGGACAGUGUGAACGAAGAACAACUCGCAGUCACCAUUAAAGAUAUCGCGGAAAGAUCGCGCACGCCAGGAAAACCAGUUGGUAUUUUGACUGGAAACGAUAGAGAUACAUGGGUUAAAGAUUAUAAUAAACUAAUAAGUCUUGGAUCAAACAAUAAAAUCGUAAAAGAUUUGGAAACCGCCUUGUUUGUACUCUGUUUGGAUAAAGAAUUGCCAAAACAAUUCUUUGCCAAGAAAAAUAACGAGUCUGUGAGAGGAUUGCAAAGUUUGACAGGGUGCAGUUCACAAACAAACGCAGCAAACAGAUGGCAUGACAAAACUGUGCAGUGCAUUGUAUCGUACGAUGGAUUUGUUGGUAUGGAAUAUGAACACAGUCCAUGUGAAGGACUUCCGAUUUCUGUGCUGCAUGAUCAUAUAAUCAAUUAUGUCAAAAAUAAAUUAACUCAAAAAAUUAAUAUACCUAAAGAGUAUCCAAAGGCAGAGCAUUUACAGUUUCAACUAGACUCAUCGAUUGAAGAUGCAAUUCAGAAAGCAACAAUUUCUGUUGAUACACUAGCUCAAGAUAUCGACUUGGAAUGUUUCUUGUUUGAUGAGUUUGGAUCAAACGAUAUUAAAAAGUGGAAAAUGAGUCCAGAUAGUUUCAUUCAAAUUGCCAUGCAAGUGACAUUUUACAGGCUUCAUAAAAAACCACCAGCCCAUUAUGAGUCGGCUGCUCUGCGUCGAUUCAAAAGUGCCAGAACUGAAUGCAUUAGAUCCACGUCUAAUGAGUCGGUCCAUUUUGCUAAAUUAAUGGCUUACGAAAGUGAGCCAAUAAGUGUUAAAAAAGCAGCCAUGUUGGCAGCAAUCAACGCGCAUAAAAAUAUCGCUAACGAAGCCGCAGCAGGUGAAGGCGUCGAUCGUUUAUUUUUUGGUCUAAAAAUGAUUGCUAGAGACGAAAAGAUCGACUUACCCAAGUUUUUCUCGGAUGUCGGUUACACCAGAAGCACUCACUUUACUCUGACAUCCAGUCAGGUAGCUUACAAAACAGAAUCUUUCAUGUGCUACGGACCAGUCGUUCCGGAAGGCUACGGCUGCUGCUAUAAUCCCAGGCCGAGUGACAUGUUCUUUGGCUGCUCUUCCUUCAACUCGUGUCCUGAAACGUCUACUAAAGGCUUUGCUGAAACACUCAAACAAUCUUUGCGUGAUAUGAAAAAACUUGCCGAAUCAUAAUGUGAUAUGUUAUUAAUUAUAUGUUUUUCAUAAAAAUACGAAUUUUUAAAAACUGUU